UUGGUAAAUAAACAGUAAACACGCGACGGGUCACGAGUCGCGACCCGAGCCUUCGCCGCUUCUUCUUCGAGGCCCAAUCACGCACGGCGGUGGGGCCUGAAACCAUCCCCAUCCCCUUCCUCUUCCUCUUCCCCUUCCCCUUCCUCAGUUCCCCUGUUGCCCUUGUCCCCCCUGUUCCCCUUUCUUUCCACCCCCCCACCUUCGCCGUAACGUAGCGCAACGUAACGCCCGCGCCCCACUCGUCCUCGACGGUGGGUGGCGGUUCUACUCCCUUCUUCUCCGCCUCGACCUUCGCCGCGUCUAGGGUUUCCUUGUCCCCGCCUGAACGGAAGGGUAAAGAUCUUCGGCUCUUCUCCAGAUCCGACUAAGUACUUGUAGACGUGAUUGCGACGUGCCCUGGGUCAAUGUAAAAGUCUUUCUCUAUGGAAGCGAGGAAUAUCGCAGGAAAAAGGAUUCAUUUUGCUGGCCUUGAGUAGUUUGUCUACCUAAUGGUUUAGUAGCUAUAUGCAUUUUUGUUCGCAAGUUAUAUGGCAUUCAAGCCAAUAGAACAAAGUUAUGCCGGUGCUAUCUCUCUCAGAUGUUCAGUUAACUGGGGAGCAAAAUCCUGGAGAAAAACCAGAAGAAGACAUGCUGGAUGAUCCCUCCUUGCUCCAAGUAGAGUGCCCACAACAAAGGACAAUAGAGAAACUAUCUCUCUCUUUAUGUGACAGGAAUCAUAUCUUGUUAGAGGUUGAUUAUGCUCAACCACUACCUAGCUAUGAUCUGUCGCGAGGUGGAAAAUGUGAUAGACUAGAAGAGCUUAACAGUUCUCCUCAAGGGUAUAAACAUGAGAUGUUAGAUGAAAGUCAUGCUACUGAAACGUCUCUUUCAUAUCGGGAGUUCUUACUGCCCACUAAACCAGAUGAACAUCCAAGUACUGACCAUGAAGGAAAAGCUUCUUUUGAAAGGACUGAACCUCAACCGGAUAGCUACGAAGCGCUGGUUUGUAACUUGAGGAAGGAACCUAAUUUGCCUAAUGAGAGAAAUAAUAAAGAGGAGGUCCUGAAUUUGCAGAAAGGGUCACAUUGUCUCUCUGAUUCACAGUGCAAUGAAUUGGGUAGUUGUAAUCAACAGGAAAUAGGAGUAAAAGAAGUUAACAUACUGUGCAACUUGAAUGACAAUGGUAUUUCUUAUGCUCAAGAGGAGGAAGGUUGCAUGCAUUCUGAUACUUCAACUUCUGAAGGACAAAAUGAAAACCGGCUGUGCACCACCCUACAUGAUCUAUCUGAUCUUGCGUGUAGAGCUGAUCUUGACCAGGACCUUUUUUUCCAACAAAAGAAGGACAAACUCAUUUUGCCUGGAAAUAGCACAGGCCCACUUUUUCGGAAGGUAAAUUGCAAUGCGGAUAAUAGCUACCGAGAAGGGGGAAAUGUUGAUCGUGCUAUUGCACUCUGGAUAAAGUGGAGAGGGAAGUGGCAAACAGGUAUUCACUGUCCUAGAGCUGAUUGUCCUUUGUCAACUUUGAAGGCCAAACCCACCCAUGGGAGAAAGAACUAUAUUUCAAUCUUUUUUCCUCGUACUAGGACAUAUUCCUGGGUGGAUAUGGAACUUGUGCUUCCAAUUGAGGAGUUACCCCAACCUCUUGCUAAUGGGAACCACCGUAAGUGGAGAAAACUGGUUAAGGAUAUAACUUUUCCUCGACGCUAUAUUAUGCAAAAGCUUGCUGUUGCUAUGCUAAACAUUAGUGACCAGCUACAUGCAGAGGCUGUAUUUGAGAAUGCUCGGAAGGCCGCAACCUGGAAAGAAUUUGCUUUGGAAGCUUCUCGUUGUAGAGGUUAUACUGAUCUUGGAAAGAUGCUUAUAAAACUUCAAAAUAUGGUACUUCCUGGCUAUAUAAACUGUCAUUGGCGGCAAGGUUCUUCCGAAUCAUGGGCUCAGAGGUGUCAGAAUGCACAAAAUGCUGAGUCCAUUGAAAUUCUUACCGAGGAAUUUGUGCAAUCUAUACUUUGGAAGAAGGUUGAUGAGUUGUGGAAUGCACCUGUGCAGUCUGAGUUUGGCUCCGAGUGGAAAACCUGGAAACAUGAAAUGAUGAAAUGGUACUUUACAACACAUCCAACUACUGGUACAGAUGUAGAGAACAUGAAAAAUGGUGAUAAUACUGUUGGUGUGGAACCAUCUGUUAGUAGGAAACGUCCCAAGCUUGAAAUCCGCAGGGCAGAAUCUUCUGUGUCACAAGUGAGAGAUUUUGCAUUCAGGAAUCUUCCCCAGGUUAACAGUGUAGAUACUGUUUCUGGUAACUCUGACCUCAAGGUUAUUUCAGAAUCUGUAUUAAAAUGUGUGCCUUGCAAAGUCAAAACUGUUGGACCUUUUGGGGCAGCGGCGUCUCACAAUAUAUUCGAUCAACUUUAUAAGGGUGGUUACCAAGAGAAAGGUGAAAAUGUUGUUCCUACUCUUGAAAUCAGUAGAUCCACGGAGUCGGCAACUGGCGGGAUAUUAGAUAGUUCACAAGUUAGAUCUGAUAAUAUCCCAAAAUAUAGACAAUGUUCAGCUUUCGUAGAGGCUAAGGGAAGACAGUGUGGAAGGUGGGCAAAUGAUGGUGAUGUCUACUGUUGUGUCCAUUUGGGUGUGCAUUCUGGUGAAAAGCUUCACCAGGAGGAAAGAAUGCUUCCUGUUGAAGCUCCAAUGUGUGAGGGUACAACUACUCAUGGUAGCAAAUGCAAACAUCGAGCUCGUUAUGGUUCUCAAUUCUGCAAGAAACAUCGUUCUCAAACAAGUCAUGAUUCAAUGGUUGCUGGCAAAAUUCUUAGUUCCUCAGAAAGCAUGCUAAAGCGAGAAGACGAUGAGAACAAAGCUGUGGAAAAAUUUUCUAGCUCAAACUCCUUACAUACUGAAGACUUGGGUUUGUCGGGAAAUAUUCAGGCUUCCACACAAGAGAUCUUGAUUCCAGUUGCGGUUGGGGAGACCUUAGAUGAAAGAAAUUGCUUAAUGAAGAAAUCUGAGUUACACAAUGCUUUACCUGCUCCUGGGAAGAGCAACACAUUACCUGCUCCUGGGAAGACCGGUUGCUUAGAUUCACCACGCUGCAUUGGGCAUUGCCAUGAGAAAAAUGGUGAGGAAUGCCAGGAGGAUGCUAAACGGCACACUCUGUACUGUGAGAAGCACCUUCCUAAAUUCCUCAAACGAGCCAGGAACGGCAAAAGCCGCCUUAUUUCAAAAGAUGUCUUUUUGAAUCUACUGAAGAGUUGUUCCUCAAGAAAGCAAAAAAUAAAUUUACAUCAAGCAUGUGAUUUCUUGUAUUGGUUUAUGAAAGGUAACCUUUCCCGCCAACAGUCCAUCUCGAAGGGUGACAAUAUGGGCUGGUUACUAGCUGAAGCGUCAAAAGAUUUAGCUGUUGGGGAAUUCUUGUUAAAGUUGGUUUCAGCUGAAAGAGAGAAACUUGCUAGAGUUUGGGGGUUUGGAUCAGACAAGUAUAAGCAUAUGUCUGUGGCAACCAAAGAAGUGCCGACUGUGGUACACCAGGGAAGACAUGAUCCUGUUUUUGGUCUGAAGUGCAAGAUCUGUGCUCAGGAGUUCUGUGAUGAUCAGAGCCUUGGUCUACACUGGACGGAUGUCCACAAGAAGGAAGCCCGGUGGCUAUUCAGAGGAUAUGCUUGUGCAGUCUGCUUGGACUCAUUUACCAACAGAAAAGUUCUCGAGACUCAUGUGCAAGAGAGGCAUGGUGUGCAGUUCCUUCAACAUUCAACACUCCUACGAUGUAUGUCUUGCAGUAGUCACUUUGUGAGUCCUGAGCAGUUAUGGCAGCAUGUUCUUUCUUCCCAUGCUAUGGAGUUCAGGCUGUCUGAAUUUUCUCAACAAUCACAUUGUCAAGUUGUUCAAUCAACCAUGGAAACAAGCAAUAAAAACUCUCAUCUCGAUCACACCUCUGAAAAGGAUGACUCACAGAAGUACACAUGUAGAUUCUGUGGGCUAAGAUUUGAUCUCUUACCGGAUCUUGGCCGUCACCAUCAAGUAGCUCAUAUGAGACCAGAUUCGAUCAGCCAUUUUCCACCUAGGAGAGGGAAUUAUCAGUUCAAUCGUAGUAAACAUUACUAUCCUAAUUUCAAAAGAAAGUUUCGACCCUCGAUGAGAUUCAAGAAAUCAAGUAGUAUUGAAAUCCAGAAGCAUUUCAAAUCUUCUAAGUCGGUUUUACCCAUGAUCCCAAAACCGCAAAGUCAGACACUCAGAAAAGUAGGUCUGGGUAGGCUAUCCGAGUUUCACUGCUCAGAUGUUGCCCAGACCUUGUUUUCCAAAAUCAAAAAAUCAAAGCCUCAUCCAAGUAACCUUGAGAUUGUGUCUAUUGCUCGUUCUUGCUGCUGCAGGAUGAGCCUUCACAGUGCAUUGGAGGUUAAAUAUGGGUUAUUACCUGAGAACCUUUAUUUAAGAGCAGCAAAGCUUUGUAGUGAACUUAAUGUCCAAAUAGAAUGGCAUCAAGAAGGAUUUAUUUGUCCUCAGGGAUGUAAGCCUCCAAAGAAACAGCAUAUUUUGGAUCCCUUGGAGCCUCUCCUAGAUGGAUAUCUAGAAAUUCAGUCCCCCACGAUGGAUCCUCCAAGUGAUGCAAGUUCGGAAGCAGAUGAAUACUACUGUGUACUUGACUCAAAACAUUUUAACUGGAAACCCAAGCAAGAUGUUGUAGUUUUGUGUGCAGAUGUAAGCUUUGGCAGAGAAAAGGUUCCGAUUUCUUGCGUAGUUGAUAAUGACAUAAAGGAUUCUUUUGGCAUCCAUUCUGAUGCGAUCCAGCAUGGCAAUUCUAUGCCUUGGCAGUGCUUUACUUAUGUCACUGAGCGAUUGACUGAGCCAUCUCUUGACAUUGAAACAAAGAAUUCUCAGUUGGGAUGUGGCUGUUCACAUGCUCGGUGUCAUCCCGAAAAGUGUGAUCAUGUUUACCUCUUUGACAAUGAUUAUGAAAGUGCAGAGGAUAUCCAUGGCCAAUCGAUGCGUGGAAGAUUCGCUUAUGAUGAGAGAGGCCGAAUAAUUUUGGAGGAGGGUUAUAUGGUAUACGAGUGCAACUCCUCGUGCAAGUGUAAUGCAUACUGUCAGAAUAGGGUGUUACAGAAGGGAGUUCAACUCAAGCUAGAAAUCUUCAGAACUGGAAAGAAGGGUUGGGCAGUAAGAGCUGGAGAAACUAUCUCACGCGGCACUUUUGUGUGCGAGUAUAUUGGAGAGAUCUUGAAUGAUGAUGAGACAAUCAGAAGAAGAGAGAGAUAUGGCAAUGAAGGAUGCAGCUACUUGUAUGAGAUGGAAGCUUAUAUUGAUGGUUCGAAAGGUGCAAGUGAAGGGGCCGUGUCGUACGCGAUUGACGCCACGUAUUAUGGAAAUGUUUCACGCUUUAUCAAUCACAGCUGUUCGCCCAAUCUUGUGAAUUAUCUAGUUUUAGUGGAGAGCAUGGAUUGCCAGCUUGCUCAUAUUGGUUUCUACGCAAGUCGUGAUAUCUCUAUAGGGGAAGAGCUAGCUUAUGACUACCGCCACAAGCUACUACCUGGAGAUGGACACCCUUGCCAUUGUGGAGCUCCAAACUGUCGGGGGCGUCUAUUUUAGAUAUUGAUCCACAGGAUAUUCUAGAACUUAGUAGGCUCAUCAUUUGGGCUUGGUAGAUGUCGGCCUUGUGAUGGAGGGAUUUGAUUCUUUGCACAUACCUGGUUCAGAGAUUAAGGGGUGGACCUGAUUGUUGAGUUGGUCAAAGGGCUGUAGAUGGUGACAUAGGAAAUAACGCACAGGGAUACCCAAGAAUUUCUCAUUGAAUUUGACUACUGGUGUUAUUCUUUUACAAUGAUUGUUCCGUGCAGCCUGCAAUCAAGGCAAGGAGGCUGCUCAAGAGGAAUGGAAGAAGGUAAACUAGGAGCGACUGCAGUGUUUGCGAAGUCAAAUAUCUAAUCAAUUCAAUUAUUUACACUUUUUUUUAAGAUGAUUGUCCCUGCAAAGUUGCAGUCAGAAGGUGAGCUGUCUCAGUUGAUUUGUAGCUGAACUGUCUUUGUAACAUUUAUAUAUCAAUUCGUUUCUUCUUUUUUAUCCCUUAA